AUGAAUGUCGUUGAGUCUUUUGGAAAGGUGGUUAAAUCAUUUAAUGAGAGACUGAGAGUUAAUGUGGUUUACACAGAUGUCAGUAAGGGCUUUGAUAAUUUCCCACAUGGAAGGUUGAUCGAAAAGUUAAGUGCCUAUGCGAUCAACAGUAGCCUCGUCAACACUGAGGCCGAGAGCACAGAGACUGUGAGACUGAGACUUGAGAAUGGAGGCAGUCCUUGCGCUGGCCGAGUGGAGAUUCAUUACAAAGGACUGUGGGGGACUGUGCAUGAAUACAAUUGGGACCUGAUGGAAGCUACUGUUGUGUGUCGGGAGCUGAAGUGUGGGACUGCGGUCUCUGUGCUGGUCGGAUCUCACUUUGGGCCAGGAUCCGGACCCAUUGUGAUCGGAGACAUUCUAUGCAAUGGGACUGAGCAUGCUCUGCGGGACUGCCUUUCACCAAAAUGGGGUCACCACGCCUUUCCACAUGCCAAUGAUGCUGGUGUCAUAUGCUCAGAACACAGAGCUCCGAGGUUGGUCCCAGGAAAUUCCCAAUGCGCUGGCAGGCUGGAGGUCCAGUUCGGUGACACCUGGAAAACAGUGUGUGGUCUUGACUGGGACUUGAAAAACGCCAAUGUGGUCUGCGCACAGCUUCAUUGUGGAGUGGUCAUGACUGUUUCAAUCUCUGCUCAUUCUGGAGGCAGUACUCUGCUCAUUGGUAAUGAGGCAUUUGAAUGUGUGGGCAAUGAGACUCAGCUGCAGAAGUGCCCUCAGUCUUCAUACACUCACCAGGAUUGCAGUGGACACAACAAUGUCACCCUGAGAUGUUCUGGCACACUUGUCAACGCACAGGUCGAGAAAACAGAGACUGUGAGUCUAAGACUUGAGAAUGGGGGCAGUCCUUGUGCUGGCCGGGUGGAAAUUCAUUACAAGGGGCUGUGGGGGACUGUGGAUGAUAUUUACUGGGACCUGCCUGAUGCUCAAGUUGUUUGUCGGGAGCUGGACUGUGGGACUGCAGUCUCUGCACUGGGAGGAUCUCACUUUGGACCAGGAUCCGGGCCCAUUGUGACUGGGAAAGUUUGGUGCAGCGGGACCGAACGUGCUCUGCGGGACUGUCCAUCAGCGGAAUGGAGUCACUACACUAAUCCGUAUGCCAAUCAUUCUGGUGUCAUCUGUUCAGAGCACAGAGCUCCGAAGUUCAAGCCUGGAAAUUCCCAAUGCUUCGGCAGAUUGGAGAUCCAGUUUGGUGACAGCUGGAAAACAGUGUGUGGUCUUGACUGGAAUUUGAAAAACGCCCAUGUUGCCUGUGCACAGCUUCAUUGUGGAGUGGCCGUGUCUGUGACAAGCUCUGCUCAUUCUGGUGGUGGUACUGUGCUCAUGGCUAAUGAGGUCUUUGCAUGCGCAGGGAAUGAGACUGAGCUGCAGAAGUGCCCUCGGUCUUCUUCCAAAUAUCAGGAUUGCAGUGGACACAACAAUGUUACCCUCAUGUGUUCUCGUGAGUACAAACUAAAUGAAGAAAAAACCCCUUUAAUAUUUGCAAACGUGAUGGCGUUGGGAUUCCUGACGUUGCUUGACAGAGUCCAAUCUAACCUAAUCCUUAAAGUUUCUCAUGUCAUCAUGCGCAAAUUUCAAAAUGAAAAUUGGUGGCCAAGACUGGUGCAUGGGGGAAGCCGCUGUGAUGGCCGAAUUGAAAUUUACUACAAUGGAAGCUGGGGAAGACCACAGCACACCCUGUGGGAUUUGAAUGGGGCUCACGUUGUCUGCAGACAGCUGGGAUGCGGGUGUGCCUUAGAAACAUACAACUCUUCCAAGUACGGGGAGAGUGAUGGAAGCCUGAGAGUGUAUGGUAUCCAGUGUCUUGGACAGGAAUCGCAGCUCCAGGACUGCAAGAUCUCCAGUCCAUUGAUCUCAUCUGUCACUGACAGCAGUGGUGUAGGAGUCUUCUGCUCAGAAACAGAACAUAUCCAGUUAAGGCUGUCAGACGGUGAAAGCCCCUGUGCUGGUCGUGUUGAGAUUUACUACAGUGGAACGUGGGGAUCGAUUUGCGAUGACUCCUGGGAUGUGGUAAACGCUGAAGUUGUUUGCAAACAACUCGGUUGUGGAGAUGCACUGGAUAUGACACUUCCUUCAUCCUAUGGACAGGCCUCAGGCCCAAUUUGGUUGAAAGAUGUGAAAUGUUCUGGGAAUGAAUCGUUUCUCUGGGAAUGUCCGUCAGCACCAUUGGCUCAACAAGACGACUGUUCUCAUAAAGAGGAUGUGAGAAUUGUGUGUUCAGAGCACAAGGAGAUACGGCUGGUGAAUGGAAAACAUCGCUGUGAGGGGAGAGUGGAAGUGUUCUACAAUGAGACCUGGGGGACAGUGUGCUCGGAAAGUCUGGAUUACCACGAUGCGGAAGUGAUUUGUAAACAGUUGCACUGCGGUGCCCUCCAGUCCAUUGAAGAUGAAGCUCAGGUAUUUGGAGCAGGAACAGGUCCGAUUUGGCUUGAUGAGAUAGAAUGCCUUUCAGACGAGUCGACCCUGUGGCAAUGUCAGAGAGAUCCGUGGGGACAACACAACUGUAAACACACGGAAGAUGCCGGUGUUGUUUGUUCAGGUAACUCUACAAACGUUCUCAAUGGUCAGGUGUCAUUUGAAGCACAAAUUUCUAGUCGAGUCAGCAUGUUUCUCUUCUUAACAGAGAGCGAUGCGAUGAAGGACCAGCUCCUCAGUUCAACUUCCUGCCACCAACAAUCAGAUUCGCUAAGUAACGUGCGCCUGAAUGGAGGCAGCAGCAACUGUUCAGGGAGAGUGGAGAUCAUGUGCGAUGAACGCUGGGGCACAUUGUGUGGUGACUUCUGGGAUAUAACUGAUGCCAAUGUUGUCUGCAGACAACUGAGAUGUGGUUUCGCCCUAUCUGCCCAAGGAGAGAUCGCCGUCCCCCACGGUGAACGUGUGAUCUGGCAGAAUGAUGUGAAAUGCAAGGGAAGUGAAUCAUCUCUGUCCAACUGUCUCUUCCAAGCACCAGCCCAAAAGGAGUGUAAUCGCAAUAAAAUUGCCAGUGUGGUCUGUUCAGGACAGGAACGUGAAUCUUCCUCCAUUCCUGUUGUCGUCUCCUUAACGUUGGGAGUUCUGUUAAUCUUUGAUUUGAUCGCACUGCUCAUGGUAAUGCGGAGAAAAUUGCAAAUGAAAGGCCUUUGCACUGGUAACAGAGACUCAAGUCUUGGUUUGUACCAAGGAAUUUACGAAGAAAUUGAGAAUAUUCCCUCUGGCAAGAAGACGGAUCACGAAUAUGGACCAGUAAUUUCUGCUUCCAUUGACUCACUCAAUCGCGUUGAAUACUACACAAGCGACAGCUUGAGUGAUAAUAAUCUGGGAUCAGAAAAUCCUGAGGUGAUCUCCAACAGCAUUCCAGGUGAAGGUGACAGUGAUCCAGACAGAACAGUCAGUGGCUGCAUAAAGCAGCACAGCAUGAAUAUUGCAAAUUGGGAUUUUGCGAAAGAACGUAAACUGUUCACGAAAAAUAAUCGGAAUGUGUCUCGAUAUCACAUAAAGGAUAACCACCAGUUGAUCUGCCACAACCAUCGCCGCCAGCAUUUUGAAACAAACAGUCUGCUGUUCCGCAAAGCACUGACUAUUCCUGAUAAAGCCAAUGCUGAAAUCUACCGGUACUGGAAAGUAAAAUGUGCAUCGGUUUUGCCAAAACGAGACAUUAUUCAUCAGCAGGAGUCAUUGCCAGUCAGUUUGUGGAUGGUGCCACAACUGGCUGUGUAG